AUGGAUUUAGCUUGGGAAGAUACUAUCGAGAGUGCCGUUUCCGAGUUGGAAGAUGACGAUGUACAAGGAAGGUUGCUGCUCUUUCUCGUGAUUGUGAACGAAGGACUUUGCAUUCGAGCAGAACGUGUGUUUCGGCAGCGGUCGCGGUGGGCUGAGCGAGUUGAUCAAUUGGAGACCGAGGGCAUGUUUUAUCGUACUUAUCGCAUGAGUGUCGUGCCAUUCAACAAGCUGCUGUCACUACUGGGGAAUGAUGUCGAUGAAUCUCGCUCGAUGCCGAACUCAUUGCUCCGGAAAUUGUGCUACACUGUCUGCUUCGAUGGCUAG